AUGUUAAAUACUAAUACAGAAAUGCUAAUUGCUUUACUGAAAAAACAGUUUGAAUAUUGUCAAGGAAAAAAAAAAGUGGGUAGUGGUAAAGAAAACUACAAAGUUGUUAGAAGGGAUAAUAGUUUAAACGUAAUGUCUGAUAUUGAAAUUAAAAAAGCAGUGGGAUCAACAUCAAGUUCUAGGUCACGUUCUAGAUCACGUUCACAAAGACCUAAUUAUAAGAUUGAUGAUGCUGGUUUAAAUAAAAGCGAUGAAGAUGAAGAGUAUAAAGAGGAAGAGGAAGUAGAAGAAGAAGAGGAAGAAGAGGAAGAAGGAGAUAAGAAACUAAGAAAUGGGAGAAAAACAACUGAUAACGAAGAAGAUUACAUGGAAGAAGAGAAAGAAGAAAAUUUGCCCCGCAGAAGAAGUAAAAGAACUCGUAGUACAAUUAGAAAGGAAGAAAACUCUGAGGAGUUGAAAGAAAAAGAACAGGAAAAUGGUAAUAAAACAGUAAAAACAGAAACUACAAAAAGUAAUGAUGAUGAUAAUGAUAAUGAAAAAGAAAAUGAUAGUGGUGUUGAAACACCUAAAGAUAAGACAGUACCUGAUGAAAAGACAGAUAAUCAAGAUAAUGAGGAUUCCCAUCUUAAUAAGAAAGUGAAAUUAUCAUACCCUGUAGAUUCUGAUGGUCAUCCCUUACCUGUUGUUAAUGAUGAGUAUGCAUUACCUGAUGAUCCAUCUGGUGAGGAGAAGAUAGAUACCGAUGGUAAUUUAAAGGGUGGUAGAAAAUUUAAAGUUCGUACGUUCAAAUUAUUUGACAAUGGAGAUAGGUUGUUUAUGCUGGCCACCGAACCUGCCAGGGCUGUUGGUUUAAGGGACUCUGCUACUUUGUUCCAACAUCAUCCUAAUUUGUACAAAUAUAUUUUAAGUCAGUCUGAAAAGAACAAACUGAUUGGACAGAGUGUGUUACCGUAUUCCUACAGAAAUAGAACCAUAUCUGUGGUAGCGGCAAGAAGUAUAUUUAAAGAAUUUGGACAUCAGAUUAUUGUUAACGGUAAAGAGAAUGACGAUGAUUAUUAUAGUGAUCCAAAUCUAAGACAUAAUAUUAUCAAAGAGGGACAGAUUCCAAGAGACAAACAAUCCCAUAGAGGCAAAAGAGGUAGACAUGCCAAAUAUAAACAUGGGAAAUCAUCUUCCUCCUCGUCGCAUAACAAUAACAACAUUACAACAGAUACUACUGAUAAACAUAGGCAUACUGAGGGACAAGAACAUAUGGACCAAGCACAAUUACAAUUCUCAACUGAUCCUGCAAAAAAUACUAUAGAUUUUUUUCAAAACAACCAAUUACAUAGUACUAAUACGAAUAAUACCAGUGCUGUUACAAAUAUUGCGUCCUCUAACGGUAUUAUUACUAAUAAUACUAUAGAUAUGAAUAUUAAUAGCAAUUAUAAUGCAUUGUUCAAUGUAAAUGGAAGCCAAUUGAAUGCAACAAAUUGGCUAUAUCAACAUGCUGCUGUAUGCAGUAGAUACAAUAGUGACAUAUAUUACGAUCGUGUUCGUAUCUUGUUGAUAGAAAACCAGGGGAUAAGAGAUCCAUAUACAAACACCUUGCAUGUACCACAGGGAACACAAUCAACAAAAGUGAUAGAAUAUCAAAAAGUAGAUAGUUUAAAGGAAAAAAAUGAUGCAUUGGAUAAUAAGGAAGUGCAGUAUGAGGUUCUUAUUAAAGACAAAGACUUGUUGAGACCUGUUACUGGAUUAAGCAAAAUACCAAAGGAGAUAUAUGAGGAUGUUGUUGACAAAACAACAUUAGAAGCUAUUGAACAACAGAGAAUAUUUGAAGAAGGGUUAUGA